AUGAGGUUAAUAUUUGACCUAGUAUCUCUGAUAUUAUUGCUAUUAAUUGAAAUUGAAUACAAGCAUUUAGUCGUAAUGGCCAAAGAUUAUUCCGACAAAUUAGCUAAGCGAUUUUUUGUUAAUCAAGAUAAACCCCAAUGGCAACGUACCCAAGCACCAAGAGAGGAAAUUGCUAUUAUAUGUCAUAUUCUUUCUCUUGGGCCAAUUGAAUGUAUUAAGUAUAAUGAAAGAGAAUAUGAUGGAGCAAAUCCAGGUCAUGAAGAAUAUAUGGGAUUUUUUAUUCAAUAUGGAAUGUUUGGUGCGGUUGCUCUUGCACAAAUAAAAACGAGUUCUCGAAGUAAAGUAAUAAAUUCCGAGUUAGAAGAACUUAGUGGAGUUGAAAAAAAUAAAAUUACAGAAAUUGUUAACAUGUUUCAAAUCCCAAAAAAAGUAAAUAAUCUACAAAUAAUUGAAGGGUGUGAAUUUGAUAUAAAUGCUCUCAUGUUUAAGUUACAAGCAAAACCAAUAAACACUAACAAUAAUUUUGAGUAUAGUUCUCCAAAAGAAGUCGCACUAAAAAUUUCAUUCCAUUCAAGUUACACAAGAGAACUUUAUUACACAUCAUUGCUUUCUAAACAGAAUUUUCCCUUAAUACCAGUCAAAACAUAUGGCCAUGGGAAACUAAGAAUAACUCCCAGGACUUACUGUUUACAAAUUGAAAAAAAUAUUGCGCUGAAUAGAAUAUUAAUUACUGAAAAAAUUAAUGGUGUUACUAUGCAAGUACUGGUAAGAUGGUUAACUUCAAUUGAUUAUCUAAAUUGGAUUUCAUCCGCAAAAACAAUUAAAGAACUGCAAAGAAGGCUAGAUAACCGUGCAGAAAUAAUUUGGAUAUUAAUUCAUUCAUUAUUUUCUACAUUAACCUCAUUAUAUAUACAUUCAGAUUUCGGUUACAUCGUCCACUGUGAUUUAAAUACUGGUAACAUUCAAAUAGCUAAUACGAAUUUUAAUUUGAAAGGUAUCAACUAUCAAGAAAACGUUGAUUCUCUGCUUAAAAUCACACCUAUUAAUAUAAAAAUACUUGAUUUUGGAACAACAAAAAGUACUUUGGAAGUGAGUGUACGCUCAUUGAAGUGCAACACUCCUAAUGAUAUUUGGAGAAUCAAGUUAAUUAUUUCUAGACUUUUCAAAAUUGAUAAUACAACUCAUCCAAAUUUAUUUGGCUGGACAAUUGAUUUCCCUAAGAGUAGUUCUGAUUUGAAUUAUAUUAAAAGAAAUCGAAUAUUGAAUCACAUUAAGUCUUUGGAUUUAUUUAGAGAAGAGCUAUUGAGCAACAAUGAUUUUAAAAAUGCAAUGGAUCUUAAUAGUACUUUUGAGUCAAUAAUAGAUGGGUUAGAUUCUAUUUGCGACAUUACUGUUAAUCAUAUUUCAAAAUUUAAGGAAAAUUCAACAAAUAUUGUGAAUAGCGAAAGAUUUUAUGCUUCAUGUAGCCCUCUUGAUCCAACUAAUGCUAGAGGCAUGCCAAUUAGAUUAUUCAAACCAGAGAUACUUGGACAGCUUCAAAUACCAUUAUUUCCUGACAAGUCUGCUACGAUUAAAAGAACAAUUAAAGAGGAGAGGAAAAAAGCAUUGGUCCAAAAAAGUAUUAAAAACAAUGAAAACAAUAAUAAAGUAAAGGAAUCUCAAAAUAACUUAGAAAAACUUAAUCAAGAAAUUUUAGAUACAAAUUUAAAGGAAAAAAAUGUUUUACAAGGUGGAGUUUCCCCUGGCGGAAUACACGGAAUAGGGGUUGGGAGUACAAGUAACUCAAAUAUACCAAUUAAAGAUAUUCAAUACACUAAGAAAAAGGCAACUAGACCAGAUACGAAUAUCGUUGCGAGCAGUAUCGGAGUAUUAAUUGAAGGGAACACAGACGGAAAUAAUCAAUUUGAAGCACUCAUGUUUAACCAGAACUUUAAAUUGGAACAAGAAAAAAUAUCAAAGAUAUCUUCCUUAAAACAAGUGUGUAAUUAUGUUGAGCAAACAAAAUCAAGAGAUUCAAGAAAGUUACUCAACAAAUUAAAACUGAAAAAUUCCGUUCUUAGAGAUAUUACUAUUGAUAUUGAUCAUUUUGUUAAAAAAGCAGAUAAAAUCUUACAAGAAAUUACCGAUGAUAUUAAGAAAAAACCUCAAAAAUCGGUAUAUGAUCAAGAAAAGUUAAAGAUAUUUGAAAUAAAUCGUUCAAAAUUAAGAUACGUUGCAAAAUCGUGCCCAGUUACAAUCAGUAAAAUAGACGAGGAAAAUAGUGAGGCAGCCGAAAAAGUUAACAUUGGUAUUGUUGCAUUUGAGAAUGAAAGACAAAGAAUAUUAAAAAGAUGCCAUGAUUUAAGAAAUUUCACUCCAAGAAAUGAAAAUGAUACUGUAAAAGCACAAUUGAAAACAAAAGAAAUUAUUGAAAGAGGUAAAACAUUGCUUCAAUAUCGAUUUCAUAUUAAUGAUGCAAUGAAGUGCGCAUUCGAUUUUUUAUUUAAAGGCGUUAGAAGAGUUCAACGUCUGGUGGAAUUAUCUCAAGAAUCAAUGAAGGGUGACCUAUUAUUGGAGGAGAAUUUAGAGCUAUUGCUGGAUAAGAUAACGGAAUAUAAUGUUUAA